GCCGAGGAGGAGAAGCCGAGAGGGAGACAGAACAACCGCGUCCGUCCAGUGUGUCCACCCCUCGCGUUAGAAACACAAGCGGUACGCGCGAGACAGAGAUGGCGUCUUCGGGUGCUGAGGCGGCGCCGGCGCCGGCGCCGCCACCGGUGGGACCGGCGGAGGGCUCUGUGAUUGCGAUCCACAGCCUGGACGAGUGGAGCAUCCAGAUCGAGGAGGCCAUCAGCAAAAACAAGCUGGUAGUGAUCGACUUUACCGCAUCAUGGUGCCCGCCAUGCCGCACCAUCGCUCCAAUUUUCGCUGAGAUGGCCAAGAAGAACUCAAAUGUUGUUUUCCUGAAGGUCGAUGUUGAUGAAAUGAAGGCCAUUGCUGAGCAAUUCAGUGUUGAGGCCAUGCCAACCUUCCUGUUCAUGAAGGAGGGCGAAGUCAAGGACAGGGUUGUCGGUGCAGCAAAGGAUGAGCUGGCCGUGAAGCUUGAGCUCCAUAUGGCCCAGUAGACCAGUGAUGUUAUAAUGAAGUAUUUGCCUAAAUAAGAAGACGCUUCAACUCAGAGAGAACUAGUGCCUCUAUGAUGUACUCGUAUGUAGUAUUGACUCCUAUCCUACUCUUUAUGCAGCUUGAUCCAAGCUUGUGCUUUGCCUAUCAUGUCUCGUCUUUCAGCUGUCUCGUCUUUCAGCUGAGAUGCUAGAAUGGUAAAUCAGCGUCAGAAUCUUGGAAAUUGUUUGACUAUUGUAGUCAUCUAGUUUUUGAGGUAUUUGCCUAUCAGCCACUGAAGUUUUUGUUUAGCCACAACGCGCUGGUUAUUAUGGGCUUUCAGAUU